AUGGCGGCAGUGGCGGUGGCGGUGGCGGUGGCGGCGGCGCAGGUGGAGGUGGAGGUGGAGGUGGAGGUGGAGGUGAUGGAGGCCGUGGCUGCUGGGGCGGGGGAUCUGGAUCUCGAUGAGGAGAGGAGGGGGGGAGGGAUGAGAUCCUUCAAACGGCGUCUGACAGCGUCUGAGGAGCGGGCGGACCACCGGGCGGACCACCGGGCGGACCACCGGGCGGACCCCCGGGCGGACCACCGGGCGGACCAGAGACGCUUAUCUGACGAGGGGAGAGGGAGCACCGUGGCUCACCGCCGCCGCGACCCAGACUGCGACCGCAUGAACGUGGAACUAAGAACGUACAACGACCCCGAACCAAAAAGUGCCCAGCAGAACAGCCAGUCCUCCCCCCACCUGCUGCCCCCCAAGCAGCCCCUGUACAGCGUGCCCCCGCAGUCCUCCUCCCCCUACAUGGGCCCCCCCCCCGGCUCCUUCCCCCUGUCGGACCUGCAGAGCUUCGGGGGCCCGCCGCGCCACGCCCUGGCCCGGACCCUCAGCCAAUCGCAGAUGCUGCCGCCCAGCAUGAGUGCCUCUCCCCCCUCCCCCUUCCAGAUCAGCCCCCCGCUGCACCCCCACGCCCAGCUCUCCCUGCACUCCCUCAACCAGCCAAUCCGCAUGCAGCAGGUGCAGACGCAGCCAAUCAUCUCACACCAAAUGGGGCUGCACUCCCCGCCGCUCGGCCAACAGGGGUUCUCCCACAUCCAGGCCGACUACCCCAACAGUGUGGGGGGCCCCCAGUCCCCCGGGGCCCCUAACCCCGGGCAGAACCCCGACUGGGAGGCAGAGUACUGCAACAGGGACUGCGGACCCAACCACUGCAGCAGUGGGAUGGGACCACGGGACAAGUCUCUCUACCUCACCUGAAGUGGAAGGACCUCCGCGAGACGACAAG